ACAUUACCUGUAAAUUUCCGCCAGACACGAACCUCAAUCACGGUACCUUAGUUAGCGCAUAAUUUCAUAAUUCAUCGUUCCACGUUCCACCUUCAACCUUUAACCUUUAACCUUUUCCUUGAGCAAGAACCGUAUUAACGGAUCCAACACUUUCUUUUUCUUUUUUUCUCAAUCUAUCUACAAAAAAGUGAUCCGUGCCGAAUCUCUAUACCCCCAAUUCGGCAUAUCUUUUCCGCCUUUCAUUUCAUCUCGUAACUAAUCUUCGGACAUUGCCUGAUGAUUCACACCUGAAGCCAAGGUUGGUCGAUAGCUCACGCUCACCCCUCCAAAGAUCGUCGCCGACCGCGCACCUUCCAGUUCCCCAAUACGAUGGCUGCGCAUACUGCGAUCAACGGCAAUAUGGGAUCGGGCAGCGUAGGUUUUGGCGCCGACAACAUGGAGGUCCUACCCAAAAUUCACAAGGCCCUAGAGGUCAUUCAUAAUCCUCACUCUCCCAACGACACACGUAAAGAUGCCCAGAUGUUCCUUGAAGACGUAAAAAACAACGGAAAUGCCUCCUUUUACGGAUUCCACCUCUCUAUCGACAAGACCCAGUCUCCCGUGGUGCGACAUUACGCUCUAUCGCUCCUCGAAUACGUAAUCAAACAUAAAUGGGCCGAUUAUACCGAAGAUCAGGCUGCCGACCUGCGCAAUGGCGUUCUAGAGCUUUCACGAGGUAUAACCAGAGAAGACCCUACAUACUUGAGGAACAAGAUUGCCCUGUUAUGGGUCGAGGUUGCAAAAAGGACCUGGGCUGGAGAGUGGAUGGACAUGGACGCUUUACUUUGCCAACUAUGGUCAGGCCCUGCGGUACACAAGGAGCUUGUCUUGUGUAUCUUAGAGAUGCUCUCAGACGACAUCUUUAGUGGCGACGAUCCGGUGGUGGCAGUCCGCGAGGGCGUCCUUAGUAAGGCGUCUGUUGAGAUUUUCACACCCGCUGCUGUCCUAAUAGAAACGUUCCCUAAGAGACAGGCUGGGCCAGAUGUGAGAUGCGGUGAUGAAGGCUGGCUUGCAAGAAUAACGGACCUUCUAAAUCGUUGCUUGUCAGAAGAUAUACAAAACGACUCAGAAGUGCGAAGCUGUGCCGUUCGUGCUCUCGGCGUGCUCUACUCCCUACUGCCCUGGGUCGUUCCCAAUGCCGUCACCGCUACACAGUGUGUUCCAGUGAUGUGUGAGGGGCUUCGUGCAAACCAUAUCGAAGUCCAGAAGGCCUCUCUGGAAGCUUUACAUUCCUUCUAUUCGAGAACAAGCUUUGUCGACCAGGAGUUUAUAGACCUCGUCGUUCCCCUCUACAGCAGCAAAUACGUUGAUCUAUUUAGACAGCUUUUUCAGUGGUCCGUGGUUGAUCCAGAGGAUAUUGACGACGACAAAUAUCAAUUCUCUAAGAAGUUAUCUGAAGUGAUUUCAUUCCUAGGGACCUAUAUGGACCGACGUUUUAACGUUUUACCUAACGACCCAUCCCGUAUCGACUUCCAAGGAUUCCUACAACUGCUUCUACUGAUUGCCCAAAGCCAGAGCUUGGUGGUCUCAAUCCCCGUCCUCGUAACGUGGACCCGGCUUUUAAGUAACGAGUCUCUUGGACGGAACAUCGCAAGUUUGCCUUCGCUCAUUGGGCCGCUUCUAGAAUGUUGUAGUUCGAGGCUUGUUCGGUAUGAAAGCUUGCCCGACGAUACGCAAGACCCUACGUUUCUCUUCCUAUUAGAAGAUACAGACACGAUUCCCGAGCGACAUGCUUUCCUGGGAAACUAUAGACGCUACAGCUCAACAGUGAUCGAGCUCAUUGUAGAGUUGCAGACAACUGACGCAAUGCAACAUAUCCUGGGUCAAACAGAUAACAUCUUGGAGCAUCUUUACAGUGAUGGACCAGCCUUCGAUAUGGCCAAUUACUCCAAGACGUCCCCACAAGUCCUCCGAGUUGACGCUCAGGCAACAGUAAUCGAAGCAGCUCUAAAGGGAUGCGUGAGAUGGCGCUCAUAUGUUACUGCGGAGGAGCGAAACGCAGUAGAAGCAAGUCUAGAAUCAUGGUGCAAUCGUCUGCUAGCCAUGAAGUUUGAGGAUCCUCUUAUCCGAAAACGAAUUCUAGAGCUUCUUGUUGCUUUCUCCAUCAACGCGCUUGAUCGGAACGCAGGCUUUAUGCUUAAAGUUCUGGAACACAUUCUCGUAACUUGGCCAGCUACGCAUCCCGAUUACCGUGUAUACACAGAUGCAAUUAAGGAGUUGCAGACGGAGAGCUUGGUAGAGCUUCAGAGACUUGCCGUCAAGAUGCCCGAUCAUUUACUGGAUGUUUAUGACCAGAUAGAGGCAAAAGUGAACGAGAUGAUUGCUUCAGGAACACUCGACGAGAAGCGCCAAAUCAACUACCAGACUUUUCUAUUUACGAUAAUUCACCGUUCCACCCGACUCGACGAGGCUACCAAAGCUCAAAAGCUACGCGGGUUCAUUGACCCCGUCGUAGCUCAGUGGCAAGAUGACCGCCUCAAGCAGGCCUUGUCAUCAUAUGCCGGAUUUUGCGAGCUUAUGGCUCUUGACAAAGCGCAGAACUAUCUUGCGCGAAUGCAGAUGCAAAACAUUCCAGACUGGGGUUCAGUUGAGCUCGAUGCUGAGGGACAAGCAUUACAAGCCGAGCUUGAAGAGCGUCAAACUGUUCUUCCGCUACGACCUGCGAAGUCAUUCCUGACUUGUUCCGCCGAUAAGGUAGAAAAGGGGACUAAUCCAUACCAGGUCUCGUGUGCCUUGUGGCAAGAUGGAUUCCCAAUUAUCCUUCCCCAACUCCUUAAUUUCUUAACCCAUGCACACGCUUCGCAUACCCCUGACAAUUGGACGGGGUUGCCACCCGAGAUGAGAACAAUCGUCGGUCGCGUCCUCACCGACAGGUUUUGGCAGGCCGGUAUUUCAGAAGGUAGUAAAGACGAGUUUUACGCUCGCGUACUCGAGAAGAAGCUCACCCUAGAGGGGCUCGCCUCGACGAUUCGAGGUUCCAUACGCUUUGUGCGCGAAUCAUGCUACGCAAUCAUAUAUUGCAUGACGCGUCUAGACGUGCACUUCUACGGCUUCAGCGAGCUUCCAGGACCCUUGGCUCAUGCUCUCCUUGCAGAUUCCUUCAGUCUUUCCGCUCACCAGUUGAUUAAUGUCCUUAACCUUGUUAGAUACUUGGUGGACAACUGCCCGGUCCCUCUAAGAGAGCAUUUCCUCCCACCAAUUCUGGCCGCGUGUUGUCAGCAGAUGGAUGCCAGGAUAAACUCGGAAUGGAUGAAGCUUGAGCAUCAGCAGGCGGUAAAGACGGGAGGAGACGCUCUAACUGAGGAGAUGAAAGCAGAGAGUAUCCUGAGGCAAUUGACCAAUGCAGCUGUGAUGAUGGUCGCUGACUUUUUAGAUCCAGCUCGACUCAAUGGCAAGGAUACGGGAAAUCAUCUUACACUUCGAGAGUUCUGCCUAGAGCAUUCCUCUGUCGUAGAGCCCCUCCUGAUGUUCUGCACCCAUGCGAUAAGGUGGCAUGAUUCUCGGUGCUGCGGCAUCAUGUUGAGGGUUUUCCGCUCUAUCAUUCCGGAAUUUACAACAGGCCUUCCUCCGUCUGAUACCACCGCCGUCAUCCGCGAAUAUAUAUCGUCCGAUGUUGUAAAAGCAUGCAUCACUUCUAUUCACGAGCCAUAUUUUGUUGACCUGCAGAAGGAAUUCGCUUCGCUUAUCGCCACUAUCCUUGUGACAUACAACGACUACACAAAAACAGCGAGGGAUGUACUACUCUCGCUUCCCAACGUGAAGCAAAGUGACGUGGACAGCGGGAUAGAAUACAUGUUGAGGAGGGAAACAAGCUCGCGCGGUCAACGAGCAGUUGUCCUUCAAUUGCUAGGCGAUAUAAAAGGAGUGAGCGUGUCAGAGAUGGGAAAGUUGAGCAAAAGCACCAGAAUGCCUACCAAGGCUCCUUCAGCAAAGAGGCCGAUCCGCAGUAAAAUGGCGCAGCAAUUCAUGACUGCUCCAGUAUCCAGCCAUGAUGCUUCGGGACCAGGCGCUACAAGCAAUGGCGGGGAGAAUGGGAAUGACAAUAAUCUGGAUGGCCUCGCUAGCCUGUUCAAUUCGUAGCGCGUAUCAAGUUAUCAGCAUCGCAUUCUCGGACCAGAUUAGACGGGGUGGGCUUUUCCUUUUCGUUUGCGGUUGACUGCACAGCUAAUUGCGCUGUUUUAUAUUGAGCUCGCAUGCUCGUUGGCGGUGGGAUACCAGCCAAGAUGAAAUCGUAAGAGGUGGGAGUAUGAUACGGUGCGUUGGCCAUAAUCAGAGCAAGGAGGUUGCCGGUCAGACUACCUAGUGCGCCAAAAUCCUAUUUUGCACCGUCAAUGCUGACAUAGGUGGCAGGGUGUCUUUCUUAGAGGUAGCAGCUCGAGGCCGAAUGUAGAUAUAGUUGAUUUGUUACAGAAUUCUGGCUGUACCCUAGGUAGUUAGAUAGCAUUUGCAGGCGUCUGAACUCGACAAUAAAAAGACAAAAUAAUUCACCUAUAUAUGGGUUAGAUACCUAAAGAGAAGGAAAUUCUGAAUCCUAGUGCACGAUAAAUUUAGUAGUACCUAAUAUAGCAAUACUGCAGAUAUGUUAUGUUCGGGUGUGGCAAUCAUUAAAGGACCGUAGCAUUUUGCUUGAUGAUAUUUGUUAUUAACAGC